GAAGGAGGCUGCGCCUCGAUUUGGGAAGCACCACGAUGUUCGACGCGGCGGAAGUGGACCCUUUCGCCUUGGAGAGGACCUGCGAGUCUGAUAGCCUGGAGCUGGCGCAGGAGGUCUUCCUCCACGCCACACAGGCGCUGCUGCUUCUGGCGGCCAAUGGCUACCCUCGCGCGGUGCGGUCAACUGCGGCACGCAGGAACGCGGAGCUGCGGCGCGCGCGGGGGGACCAGGAGGCGGCGGCGCAGCUGGCGCUGGAGGAGGAUACCACCGAGGAGGUGAAGGAAUUCUUGCUGCGGCUGGUGCCAUACUUUGGUUUGCCCGCAGCGGUGGUCUACCCCCUCUGGAAGCUCCUCAGGAAGAUCUGUCUGGUGGCCAGUAUCUUCGGCCACGACUUGCAACAGGAGGCGGUCCAGGCCGCGGUGCUGCUGGCAGCGGGGGGCUUGCACUCGGCGGAAGCUGCGCAGCCCAGGCUCGAGAAAGCCCUGCAGGCCCUUUGGAAGCGGCUUGCCCGUGGCGCUGUGCGGGCUGUGCCGGUGGGAACGGUCCUGGGCGCGCUGGUGGACUUGCAAGGACAGGCCGGGGAGCUGAUCUUAGCGCACUUCCGCAAGGGCAGCAAGCAGCAGGAUUACAGCGCCCCGCUGGAUCCGGAGCCGACUCUGGCGGAUUUCCUACAGAUGUUGCAGCAGACCGGCAGGUCUCAGCAGAAAUGGAGCUUGCAUGUUUGUAGCGUUCUGAGUUUGGACUUGGCCGCUUGGCUAAUUGUUUCUGCCCUUGGGCCCAUCCUCUUGAAUUUUGAAAUGGGGCCCAACACUUUGUUGUCGUCCCUUUAAACAUUCACUCC